AUGAAUUCUCUGCUGUUAUUCCUCUCUUUCACCUCCCUCUUCCUGCGAACACUAUCCACGGACAGCUUAACUCCAACCCAACCCCUCACUGACGGCAGCACCCUCAUUUCAUCUGGCCAAAUCUUCGAACUGGGUUUCUUCAGUCCGCAAGGUUCAGCAAAGCGCUACGUUGGCAUCUGGUACCAUAAUUUCUCCACUGACACAGUCCUCUGGGUAGCAAACCGACAGUCUCCUGUUCUUGACAGAUCAGGGUCCCUGAGAAUCUCAGCAAGUGGGAAUUUGAUCCUCGUCAAUGGAGAAAAUAUAACUCUCUGGUCAUCUAAUGUUACUAUCUCUAUAAAUUCAAAGGAAAUGACAGUUCAGUUAUUAGACAAUGGAAAUCUUCAGCUUAAUGAUUCGUGGAAUGUUGUCUGGCAGAGCUUUGAUUAUCCUACGGACACAUAUUUGACAGGUAUGAAGGAUGGGCUCGAUAUGGUAACAAAUGUCAACCAACUUUUUACUUCGUGGAAGAGUCCGAACGAUCCUGAAAAAGGAAAUUACUCUAUGGGAAUUGAUCCUGAUAGAUCGACACAGAUAUUUAUAUGGGAGGGGACAAAGCCUAGGUGGCGAUCUGGGCAAUGGAAUGGGCAGGUGUUUAUUGGGGUUCGAGGGAUGCUUCCGAUGUAUAUUUAUGGAUUCAAGCUUAGUAACUUUGAACAGGAAGGGAAGAUGUAUUUUUAUUAUUCGGCGUUCAAUGCUUCUCAUAGAUAUGUUCUGUCUUGGGAUGGGAGUUUGAAGCAUUUGAUCUGGCAGAGUGAUACACAGGGUUUUGUACCAAAGUCUAUUGACGAAUGGGAAAACGGAAAUUGGACAAAUGGAUGCACUAGAAGAACCACGUUAAGUUGUGAGAGAAAUACGAGCAAUGGUGACCAAGGAGAGCAAGAUGGAUUCUUGAUGCUACAAGGAGUAAAGCUACCUGAUUUAUCUGAUUGGGAUCAAAAUUCAGGUAGCAUUAGCCGUUGUGAGCAGACUUGUUUGGCUAAUUGUUCUUGCAAGGCCUAUUCUUUCGUAACGGGUAUUGGCUGCUUGAAAUGGGGUGGCGAUUUGGUGGAUAUUUAUAUGUUCUCAAGUGGAGGGGAGAAUUUAUAUGUCAAGCUUGCAGGUUCAGAGCUAGGUAUAAAAAUUGAAGCUUAUUACUUCUACAUUUUAAGAUAG